AUGUCUGUCAUUGCAGACGCUGCUGUGGUUCAACGACGACACCCCUUGGCUCGCGCACUCCAACGACGACAAUUUGGUGGUGGCGGCGGCGGCAACAACGGAGGCAACAACGGCGGCAACAACGGCGGCAACAACGGAGGCAACAACGGCGGUAAUGGCGGCAACAACGGAGGUAACAACGGCGGCAACAACGGCGGCGGCGGUGGCAACACUCUCCAAGGCAACGCCGUACAGACCGGAUCACAGCAGGAUGGUAACCAGCCCGGUUCGGAUGAGCAAGCAGCUUCGGCAACAGACGACAACAACUUCAUCAACUUCUGUGCUGGCCAAACACUCACCAACGGAGAGCAAAACCGAGAUGGCUCAUGUAACGGUAUCCCAAUGGGAAAGAUCCCUGCAGCCAACAAGAUGGUUUCCUCUGUCUUCACAUCGCCUCAGAACGGUGACAACAUCCAAGCCAACCAGAACUUUGACAUCUCGGUGCAGUUUAUCAACUUUGCGCCUGGUUCAUUCACCAACGCAACAAACACCUACUAUUCAGCUCCCCAGGAUCUUGAUGGUGGUGGUAACAUUAUCGGUCACACCCAUGUCACAGUUCAAGAUACUGGCAAUGACUUGAACCCUAAACAACCUCUUGACCCUUCAGUCUUUGCCUUCUUCAAGGGUAUCAACGAUGCUGGUAACGGCCAGGGUCUUCUCACUGCCUCUGUUGAGGGUGGCCUUCCUGAUGGAAACUACCGUAUCUGCAGUAUGUCUGCCGCAUCCAACCAUCAGCCUGUCCUCAUGCCUGUUGCUCAGCGAGGAGCUCAGGAUGAUUGUAUCCGUAUCACUGUCGGAGGCAAUGGCGGCGGCGGCGGUGGUAACAACGGCGGUAACAACAAUGGCGGCCAAGACGGUGGUCAAGGUGGUCAAGGUGGCCAGGGCGGCGAUCAGAACAAUGGCCAGGGAGGUGACCAGAACGGUGGUCAAGGUGGUCAAGGAGGCCAGGGCGGCGAUCAGAACAACGGUCAGGGAGGUGACCAGAACGGUGGCCAAGGUGGUGACCAAGGUGGUCAAGGUGGCGAUCAAAACGCAGGCCAAGGUGGUGACCAGAACGGAGGUCAGGGCGGCGAUCAAAACGCUGACCAAAACGCUGGUGACCAAGGUGGAGAUCAAAACGCAGGCCAAGGUGGUGACCAAAACGCUGGUGACCAAGGUGGAGAUCAAAACGCAGGCCAAGGUGGUGACCAGAACGCCGGUGACCAAGGUGGAGAUCAAAACGCAGGCCAAGGUGGUGAUCAAAACGGAGGUCAAGGGGGCCAGGGUGGUCAAGGAGGUCAAGGUGGUCAAGGAGGCGGCCGUUUCGGACGCGGCGGUCGCGGUCGUUUCGGAGGCUUCAACGCUGCUUCAACAGAUGGCGCUGCCAACAGCACAACUACGGACGCAUGA